UCUUCUUAGCUCGAUAACGUUAUGGGAAAAGGGUUUGAUUGAUAAAUGUGGCAACUCGUCUGUCGCUGCAAAAAAAAUAAAACGUCGGCUAGUUUUAAGCACUUGUGAGCGAGUUUUCUGAGCUCACUGCCUAGACAUAUUUUGCUAGAACCUGGCAACCCUGCCAUCGCAGCGGGUGGUCAGUGAAGAAACUGAGGCGAAGUUCAGGCUUUUUCUCUCGCGAGGAAGGACGCCGUUAUCGAAAUCCCUACAAACAACACGAGAAUUCAUCAUUCACACGGUCUGAAUAAUGUCGGAACAAGAUUUGGCGGAGAUAGUGCAGAUAGCAGUGGAGGACUUGGGCCAGGGCGACCAGACUGAUGUGUUGGACAAUCAUGAAGAUUCUGAUGACAAGCCUGACAGGAAAAGGCCAAGGGUGGACAACAGCACCCAGGAUGCCUCUCUAAAGACCUUGUUGUACUCCAUCAGCCAGACGAUCUGCCAGCGUCUGGACAACAUGGAGGCCAAGUUGCAGAUGGUAGAGGUCACGUGCCGGACCCUGGAGAAGAAGCUGGAUGCCGUGGUCAACAAGAACCAGGCACCCAUCCAGGUCCCUAUGGUGGCCGGCUCCCCUCUGGGGGCCACCCAGACCUGGAACAAAGUGCGCUGUGUUGUUCCACAGACCAAUGUGAUAGUGAGCCAAGACCGACCGAAGGGUCAGGAGGAGUCAGUAACUCGAGGGGCAGAUUCACUGGAGAACCUCCUUAGCAACACAGUGGGCGGGCGGAGGCAGAACACGUUCUUGGUGAAGGUACCGGCGCCGGAGGACAGCCAGGAGGAACAGGAGAGCGGAUCAGAGGCCAGCGACUCAGUGUCCAACAGUGGCCAGGCCAACAACUCCCAGAGCACCCAGAACGUCACCCUGAUCACCCUCAACUCCGAGGACGACUACCCAGCAGGUACGUGGCUUGGCGACGAGAACAAUGCAGAGAUGCGUGUGCGCUGCCCAGUGUUGCCGGGCGACAUGCUCCACCUCAGCACCAACUGCCGCACAGCGGAGAAGAUGGCGCUGACGCUGCUGGACUACCUUUUCCACCGCGAAGUGCAGGCCAUGUCCAACCUGUCAGGACAGGGCAAGCACGGCAAGAAGCAGCUGGACCCGCUCAUGAUCUACGGCAUACGCUGUCACCUGUUCUAUAAGUUUGGCAUCACUGAGUCGGACUGGUACCGGAUCAAGCAGAGCAUCGACUCCAAGUGUCGCACGGCGUGGAGACGCAAGCAGCGCGGCCAGAGUCUGGCGGUCAAGAGCUUCUCCAGACGUAGCGCCAACGCACCGGGCAGCUCAGAGGGUGGCGCUGUGGCGGAGGUGGCUCACAUGGAGGGGGUGACCCAGCAGACUCUACACUACACCCUGGCCAACCAGGCCGUCCAACAGGUUCAGAUCCACCGCAUAGGAGAGGAUGGACAGGUCCAAGUGAUCCCUCAGGGACACCUCCAUAUUGCCCAGGUCCCACAGGGGGAAGAGGUGCAGAUCACACAGGACAGUGAGGGGAACCUUCAGAUCCACCAGGUGCAUGUUGGGCAGGAUGGACAGGUGCUGCGUGGGGCCCAGCUGAUAGCAGUGGCGUCAGCUGACGGAGGUGCCACAACAGUGGAGGGCUCCCCCCUACAGGCCAGUGACAUCCAGGUGCAGUACGUCCAACUGGCCUCUGUCAACGAGCACACCGCUACUGUACAGGCGGCAGAACUGGCACCAGCCAUGCAGGGUGAGAUGGAGGAGAAGGAGGGAUCCAUCCAUCUGCCAACAGGGGAGAAUGGGGAGGUGGUGCAGAUUGUCAGUUCUGUGGGCACCUGAGGUGCCUGGAGAGAGAGAUGGCCACCACAGAGAUACAGAGGUGUGGAUGAAAGGGAUGGGGAGUGGGGGAUUCAAUAAAUAGAGACAAUUUUAAAUAAACAAACAAUGAAAUAAGAGAGAAAAAUUUGCAAAUGUCAACAGAACAGAUCAAGAGAAGUGUUUUAGUUAAUUAGUUAUUCCUCUGAUUGAUUGUCAUCAUCAGAAGAGGACCUGGACUGGGAUUAAACCCCACCCAUGAAGGAUGCUGCUCAGGCAGACCGACCCUCACUGGCUACACCUCAGCACUGGAAAAGCAUGGAGCUAUUAGAAGUUAAGCCGAUUGGCUCAAUUUACAGUUACAGUAGGCUAGGCUAACCCCCUGGACACGUACUUCACACAACCAAUACUGUACUGUUCUCCUCUAUAGCAUCCUGCAAUCGUGUCAUGUUGGACUGCUGUGGAAAGUAGUACAAGCCUAAAACGGGCACUUAUUCAUAGUUGAGUUUUCUUUGGCUUUGCCUGUCUGUCCAUCAUUUCUGGUCUGGACCGCGGCUUUCGUUGCCAUCUUUUCCCAGCUUGUUUUCAUAUUGGUUAACCCACAUACAGUGGGGUCUGAAAUUAUUCACACCCUUGAUAAAGAUGAGCAAUAAUGACUGUAUUAAGUAAUUAAAUUACUGAGCUAUAUUGUAUGCUCAAAAAAAAUGUGGUAAUUAUAUUUUUUUCCUAAUGCAAUUGCUCAAAUGUUUUUAGUAAACUCAGCAAAAAAAGAAACGUCCUCUCACUGUCAACUGUGUUUAUUUUCAGCAAACUUAACAUGUGUAAAUAUUUGUAUAAACAUAACAAGAUUCAACAACUGAGACAUAAAGUGAACAAGUUCCACAGACAUGUGACUA